ACGGUUUUAAGUGCGAGCUGGCGAGGUUGAACGCGUUGUGUACGCUGUGUGUUAUCUGGACGCUUAUGUUUUGCGCACCCCUGACGGAUGGUCGACGAUGAUGGAUUGAUGAUCUAUACAUAUACGGCCCACCUUUGCCUCCCUUUUUCGCUCGUGUUAUUUGCUGUGUCGGCUUUUUCUCUCCGGUCUCACCUGCGACUUAUCCACUCCCUCAGCGCUCUUAUUAUGUUUCCCCUCUCGCCCUCGUUCUCGUCACUUUGUCCCUCCUAUCUACUUAUUGGUGGCCCCGUGCGAGAUGUGCACCCGCAUCCCGGGUAGAUUUAUCUGCCUUGUAUAGAGUAGGUUAGGGUAAUGAUCGAACGUGCUCAUGAUUAG